AUGGAUAAGUUCUUCAAUUCGGUGCAAUCAUUCUUCCAAUCAGUCACUGCUACCGACAGAUACGCCGGAACAGAGUCUUCGUCAGGCAGAAGAACCACCUCAGGUGGCUUUGGCCCCUCAGCUCCUCUCACAAAUGCAAUGGGCGGACCAGCAGGUGACGACUCUGUCACUGCUUCACCAUCUCUCUAUAACCCUCCCUCAGGGUCUUUUCACAAUGGAAAUAACCCUUACUCUUCCAAUCCAGGAUCUCGUACUGGCUCAUUUACAAACCUCGCAGGAACUGCUGCUGGAUCAUCUACAUCUCUCAAUAGACUCCCCUACACUCCAGGUAUGCGCUCCCAAUCAACAAGCUCAAGCGGUGGUGGUAGUGGCAGCGGCGGUAUCUCGGGUGUCAACGGAAUCCCGCUCCAAGAAUACUCAGAUGGCCUCCCCCCACCACCUCCUCCCUCGCUUUCUUGGAAACGCAUUGACCGCUGGUUCGAGCAAAACUAUGAAGAGCUAGGCGAUGUUUUGGAGGAAAACUGCUCCAACAGAGACCUUAAUGAAUUUGAAGCUGACAUUGGCUGCACCUUACCAGAAGAUGUCCGUGAUUCUUUUCUUGUACAUGAUGGACAAGAGCGCGGUGGUAGACCCACUGGCGCUGUUUUCAAUCUCAUUCUUCUGGAUCUUGAGGCCGUGUCUCUGGAAUGGGAAAACUGGAAAAAGGCUGCCCAACGUGUCGAAAACAUGACUCGUGCUGCCCACGCAAACAAGUUGAAUCAGCACCACUAUAGUAACCAAGCCUCUACUUCAGCGGCUGGAGCUGCUGGCCCAUCAAAGAGACCAGGUGCCUUUUCAAGCGCUGGAAACCUCUCGUGGCUCGACCAUCAAGCCUCUUUCCCUGAAGGUGCUGUUCAACCCGUUUAUGCUCAUCCAGGUUGGAUUCCUCUCGUUACUGACUAUCUUGGAAACAACAUUGCUGUGGAUCUGGCUCCUGGCCCCAAGGGCAAAUGGGGUCAAGUCAUUUUGUUUGGCCGUGAGUACGAUACCAAAUAUGUCAUUGCUCCCUCUUGGGCCAAUUUCCUCAUGACGUUUGCCGAUGACUUGGAAAAUGGCCACCACAUCAUCAGCGAUUUGACUGAAGAUGGUGAGCUCUCGUACUGCUCUCAAAAGGGUAUCCCAAUCCCAUAUAUGGAUGUCUUAAAGUCCCGCGCUGAGCGCUCUUACAGACAGCUGAUGCGCCAGCAAAGACAACAAGACUCUGCAAACCCAAACCACCCUUACGGUAUUUAUAGACAAUCCUCUAAUGGCUCGUCUCCACGCAACUCUAUUGGCUCAGCCUCUGGUGCUGCUGGUGCUGCCGCCGCCGCUUCCUCUUCCACCCCAGCUGGCCGCAAUGUCUCGGGAUCUUACCGUGGUCCUUCUUCCAGACCCGCCCGCAUUUCCACAGACGCUAAGCUAAUAUCCCCAAUGAACUCAAGCUCCAACCUUGCGCUAGCGUCACCCUCAUCUUCAGGCAUGCCUUCCACAGGUCUAACAAAGUCUCCACUGCCAGCCGUCACAUUGAACUCUAUAGACGCUGUGACCAAUACCUCUGCAUCAUUAACAUCCCCACCAUCGUCAACCACUACAACAACCAUCCUUACACCAAGUAACUUUAACAAAACUGACAUCACAAGCCCCACAGAGACCAUUUUAGAAGAGCCAGAACCAACAAGCUCCACUCCACCUUCGCCCAUUAAGCCAGAGUCUAAAUCUGUUUCUACUAAAGAGGAAGAAAAGAAGGAGGAAAAGAAAGAGGAAAAGAAGGAGGAACCUGUUAAGGAAGAAAAAUCAGAUGCGGCUACUACUGCUGAAAAUACCCCUAAUGCCCCCGCAAAAUCAAGCGAAAAGGAAACUGAUGAAAAGGAAGAUGCUGAUUCUACCAAACCUUCAACCACACCUGUCACACCAAAACCUAUCACCACCACCAGCGAAGAAAGCAGCAGCACACCCAGUGAAACCAGUGAAACCAGUGAUUCUAGCAAAGACUCGAAACAAACAUCAACAGCCACAACUCAUGAUGAGACUGAGUCUGAGGAUGAGGUUGAUUUGCUUAAAGACGAGCUGACGGAUGUUGCUAUUUGA